AGAUGCAUGAGAAACAGAACACUGCUGCGCUUGUGUCUCUCUCGGCAAUGGCGGCUGAUCCGCCAUCCUCCUCGUGGCAUGCUUUGCUGUGCCUCACGCUCUUCUCGGCCGUCGUCGCGUCGUCGUCCGCGAUGGACUGCGACGGCGACGACCGCGCCGCGCUGCUGAGGGUGAAGGCGCAGCUGGGCGACCCCGUGCAGCUCUCGUCCUGGCUCCCGGCCACCAACUGCUGCGCCUGGGAGCCGCCCGCCGUCUUCUGCUCCGCGGCCGGCCGAGUCACGGGGCUGGCGCUCUCCUCCCUCGACGGCGUCCGCGCGCCCGUCCCGCCGGCGCUCGGCGAGCUCCCGGAGCUCGUCAUCCUCCAGGUCCAGUCCGUCCGCGGCCUGUCCGGCCCCAUCCCGUCCUCCUUCGGCAACCUCACGCGCCUCGAGGACCUCAACAUCGCCGGCACCUCCAUCUCCGGCCCGGUGCCGGACUUCCUCGCCGGGCUAACAAGCCUCCGCACCCUCGUCAUCGCCGACGGCAAGCUCGCCGGCCCCAUCCCCGGGUGCCUGGGCAGCCUCCCCGGCCUCAGGUACCUGGACCUCAGCGGCAACAUGCUCACCGGCGCCAUCCCGCCGGGGCUGCUGCACGGGAGCUUCAGGUUCCUGAUCCUGGCCAACAACCAGCUCACCGGCGAGAUACCGAGCGACUGCGGCGACGACGACGUCGACACCCUCGACCUCUCCCGCAACCGGCUGACGGGCGACCCGUCGCCGUUCCUGUUCGGCAUCGCGAAGCCGCUGGCCAAGGUCGACCUGUCGUGGAACGAGCUCGAGUUCGACAUGAGCGACGUCAGCUUCCCGCACCACCUCACGUUCCUGGACCUCAGCCAUAACCGGAUCAACGGGAGCGUGGCCAAGUCGCUGAUGGACGUGAAGCUGGAGCACUUGGACGUCAGCUACAACGGCCUCUGCGGCGAGAUCCCGGCGGGGAGGUUCAUGUCGGCGCACGGGGCGGAGAGCUACGAGCAGAACAGGUGCCUGUGCGGCACGCCUCUGCCUCCCUGCACCACAGGAGGCAUCCUAGGUCGGUAGUCUGUAGUGAUAAUUCAGGUUUGUGCAUGCAUGAGUGGGAGUGGCGGCAGACGACGGUGAUCAACGGGCAGCAUGUUUUUUGUAUGUUCAAGUUAGGGUGAGUAUAAAUUACACGCUCCAUAAGCUAUAAUCGUGGAAUCUUGGAGUGCAUGCUCCAUUCACUCGUUGAACAA